GGUGGGCGCGGUCGGGCCCCGGCGUGUUUGACGGGGGCCGGCUGCUCGUCCCGCCGCCCGGGGCCGCGCUGAGGGCGAGCGGGGUCCCCGGCUUCUGGCAGAGGCCUCGGCGCGCCUGGGGGCUAACCAGGGAGAGCAGUGCGCGGAGGAGAGAUAGCGUGUAAAGCUGUUGAUUUUUACGUAACUACGGUUUUAUUAUCAUCGUUCCACAUGCUGUAUUUGAAAAUACAACUAAGAAAAGAAGUUUGAGCCUGUGCUUGCAUUCAGGUACCUGUCUGUUGCAGGCACUGACAACUGUCAGAAGGUGGCUCCAAAUAACACGUCCAUUUCGGAAAUUGCUGUAUACAAAUCUAACUCAGCUUUUUGAUGAGAGAAUAUGGCUGUCACACUGCACACUGAUGUAGGAGAUAUAAAAAUUGAACUAUUCUGUGAGCGUACACCAAAGACUUGCGAAAAUUUCCUGGCUCUCUGUGCUAGUAACUACUACAAUGGAUGCGUAUUUCACCGAAAUAUAAAGGGCUUCAUGGUUCAGACUGGAGAUCCAUUAGGUACUGGGAAAGGAGGUAACAGCAUCUGGGGCAAGAAGUUUGAAGAUGAAUUCAGUGAAUACCUAAAGCACAGUGUCCGUGGGGUAGUUUCAAUGGCAAACAAUGGUCCGAAUACCAAUGGAUCGCAGUUCUUCAUCACUUAUGGCAAGCAACCGCACCUGGACAUGAAGUACACUGUGUUUGGAAAAGUUAUUGAUGGCUUGGAGACCCUGGAUGAGCUGGAGAAGCUACCUGUGAAUGAGAAAACUUACCGCCCUCUCAAUGAUGUUCGCAUUAAAGAUAUUACAAUUCAUGCCAACCCUUUUGCUCUGUAGCCACAGAGUGCCUCAACACAUUCUUUAAAGACUGGUCAGAUUGACUGCUGGAUUAUGGAGUUUAAAGUGCCGUUAAAGAGGGUUACUUGAGCUGGAUCAUACCUUUUCUCCUUGAAUGCAGGAUUUUCAGGAGUUGUGACAUUGUUUGGGAAUUGUCACAGAAGAGUCUUGUGCUCUAGAAGCCAGUUUUUCCAGAGUAUAUUCCAGGAUUUUGAUUUUUAACCAUUGCUUUUUAUACUUGUAAAAUAAGACAAAAGUUUUAAAAAAAUAUAUUUUUUUUUCCAAA